AUGUACCAAAUCGCAGAAGCCUUCUGUCAACUGUCCAUCCUGGCCUUUUACCUGCGGAUCGCAACCUCGCCAAAACUACGGACAACCACGUAUAUCCUGAUGGGGAUUGUUACCGGCUUCGGUAUCGGCAAUACAGGAGCCAUGAUGUUUCAAUGCCAACCUAUCUCAUUCUUCUGGGACGGGUGGAAAGGCGAAACAAGUGGCCUAUGCACCGUCGAUGUUCGGCUAUUUGGAUUCAUUCGCGGCGCCAUUGAAAUCAUGCUCGACGUGGCAAUCCUAUCGCUACCAUUGCCCAUGUUAGCGAGACUCCAGAUGUCCUGGAAGAAGAAGGUCCAGAUUAUCUCUAUGUUCGCUGUGGGCUUCAUCAUCUUCAUCGUCAGUUGCCUUCGCUUAUGGGCUCUCGUCCGAUUCGAUCAGAGCUCAAAUCCGACUUGCUCCGGGAAGAGCAGCUACGUCUCUAGUGACGAUCGCUAUCGUAUGCGGAGAUCAGGACAUCGACUGUCUAUGGGUGGUAUCUCGAAGGCUAUCGAUAUCCAAGUCAAGCGCGAGGAUUUUUCGGAGUCGGAUGUCGAACUCGUGGGCCGGACAAACUAUCAAUGA